AAAAACAACAACAACAACAAACUCAACAGCAGCAGCAAGCGGCGCCAUUGUUAAACAAUUAUCGAUAUUUGUUAUCGGCGCACAAUUAAUCAAACGCUUAACAGAAAACCAAUUCUCGUUUCUUCUACUCCGUGUGUAUGUGCAUGUGUGUACGUGUGCGUGUUUGUGUUUUUGUGCAUGUGUGCGCGCAGCGACGCUGACGCCAAAAAGUGGGUCGAGUUGCGCGCGUAAAUUUGGGUCGCAGCAGCCGCAGUCGACGUCGUCGUCGCCGCCGCAGCAGUGCAUUCCAUUCGACUUCCAGUUGAACUACUACAAAUACAAAUAUACAAUAUACAAAUAUAAAUACAAUCACCCCCACCCACCCCAACAACAUGUCGCUGCAAACAAAAAGGCAACAUUGCUACCUUUGCGAUCUACCCCGCAUGCCAUGGGCCAUGAUCAAUGAUUUCUCUGAGGCCGUGUGCCGCGGCUGCGUCAACUAUGAGGGCGCCGAUCGCAUCGAGGUGGUGCUCGAUGCGGCCAGGCAGAUGAAGCGCUUGCACCCCAGCAGCAAGCGAGCACAUGAGAACGGCGAAGUUGUCGUGCUGCAGCAGCAGCAGAGUCUGCAACAACAGCAGCUGAGCGGCGGUCCACAGCAUCGUGGCGCACCGAGCACAUCGACAGCUGGCGGUCCAGGGCCGUUAUCGCUAUCACAUCAUCAUGCUGUUGCGGCCGCUUAUCAAAUGCCGCGCAUUGGUCCACCGCCGCCGCCACCGCAGCAGCAGCAGAGUAGCGGCGUUAUGGAUUUUCCCGUUAAAUUGGAAUCGGCACCGGAUGUGCGACCGGUGCGCAUCUCACAUAUGACGCCCCACCAUAUGCCGCCCACAGCCGGACAGCGUGCCGGACCUGGACCUGGUCCCGUUACACAGCAACAGCAGCCACCCGUUGGCAGCGGCUCAGCUCUGCUGCCUGCCCUCUCUGCUAACUUGAAGCGUCCGCCCUCCGAGGAUGUGGACAUCGAAUCGCAACAGCAAUCGCACGGCCCAUCGCAUGUUGGCGUCGGCGUCAGCGUUGCCGAUCUCGCUGCCGGCAGCAGCAGCGUCGGCGUCGGCCCAUCCAGCGUUAAGCGCAGUGCGCUCGACGAUCCAAACGGCGUGCGGCCGCCCUUGACACGAGGCGAAUCGCUGCCAGCGGUCAGCUACGUGCCCGAGCGGCAGCACAACUUGCGAGACAAGCAGCAGCCGGUGCGGGCGCCCAGCUUCGAUGCGUCGACCUUCAAGGCAGCCGAACACUUGUCUCCAGCCAGUCGGCGCAACGGAUCGAGCCCGCCAUCGGGGCCAAUGCCUCCGCGCAGUGUCCACUCGCCGAAUAGCUCGGGCUCUUCGUCGGGUCGACGCUCGUCUGGUUCUCGCCAUGUAUCCAGCACAACGGUCACAAGCAGCGAAGUUGGCGGCUCGAAUUCAGUGCAAGCGGCCGCCGUUGCUGCCGGUUUGGGCGCUGGUAAUGGCGCUGGUGGAGUCGCCGGCUCGCUCGGCGGACCAGGCGGACCGAGCAAUUCACAGCUGAGCAGUUGCAGCAGCGCUGGCGGCGGCGCUGCAUCUGGCAAUGGUAAUACUGGACCCUCAUCACUGCCCCCCAAUCCGAAUGCUGUUGCGGGCGAUGGCAGCGGCGCCGGCGGCGGUGCCAUUGGUCCGAGUGGCAGCAAUGGUAGCGGCUCAGUCAACGCUGGCCCGGGCAGCAGUGGCAGUCAAGGUACGCCGGGCAUGAGCAGCAGCAGCAGCAGCGGUAGCAGUGGCAGUGCAGCUGGAAUUAGCGGUGCGCCCGGCAGCAGUGCAGCGCCAAAUUCAGCAGCUGCAGCAGCAGCGGCUGCGGCACAGAAUGCCACACUGAAGUGCACGCUAUGCCAGGAGCGACUGGAGGAUACGCACUUUGUCCAAUGCCCAUCGGUGAACAUACACAAGUUCUGCUUCCCCUGCAGUCGCGAAAGCAUCAAGCGACAAAAUGGUUUGGGCAAUGAGGUGUAUUGCCCCAGUGGUGAACGUUGUCCGCUGGCCAAUUCCACCAUACCGUGGGCCUUCAUGCAGGGUGAAAUUACCACAAUAUUGGGCGAGGAGGUCAAGGUGAAGAAGGAGCGCGAAUCUUAAUGUCCAUUUUAUUGUAAAAAGCUGCGCAGAGCUUUGGAGCACUUUUGAGCCAGCCAGUGACCAUCGAACAGGGAGAGAGAUAGCGGAAGGGGGAAUUUUAAUAUUGUUCGGCGAUCACCGGCUGCACAACUCUCUUGAC